AAAGCAGCCAAACCCAAAAAAAAAAAGAGAAAAAAAAAAGGAAAAAACAGAAAAAAAAAACCUUGAUUUUUCUCCUUUCUGCAGAUCCACCAUUGCCACCAUCGCCACCGUCACCUCCGUUCUUUCACCUCGGAUCUUCACCAUCCCCUUGCUGAUCUGGCUUUGUUUUUUUGUUUUGUGUGGGUUUUUUUGGUUUGUUUGUUUAUAUGUUGCUUUGUUUGUUUGCUGUUUCUUGCUCUGUUCGGUGCAGAUCCGACGACCUUCUUUUUCCUCCGACGGAUCUGUGGCAGCACGCGCGAGGGCUACCAGAUCUGACGCCCAUCGCGACGCUCUUGCUGGUUCUGAGGGACUAUGGCCGCCUAAUCGGGUUACCGCUGGGUAUCCCGAGUGUACCGGUCAAAUUUCGAUGUACCAGUCGGUACCCGAAAUUUUGGCUAGUACAACGGAAUUUGACCGGUACACCCGAAUUUGACCGGUACACCCGAAAUUUGACCGAAACGAAAUCUUAACUUGUUUCGUUUCGGUUAACCUUUAAAACCGGUACGGUACGGUAUUGACUCCUUUGAUUUGAUUGAUUAAAAAAUGGUUUCCUCCCCUCCCCUUUGUUUCCCUCAACUCAAAUAAAUGGUUAAACAUUCC